CCCAGGGAUCCCGCAUCCCUGCGUUCGGUACGGUGUGGCGCGGCUCGGCUCGGCUUCGCGCUCCGGGAUGGAGCUGGGGUCGCUGCGGGUGCUGACGGUGCUGCUGUGCCUUACUCCCGUUUUUGCAGGUUUGUUUAUUUCUAUGGAUCAGCCAACCCUUAGCAUCCAAAAAAGUGUUCUCACCAUAACCACAAAUGACACUCUGAACAUUACUUGCAGUGGUCAGAGAGCCGUGUUCUGGUCCUGGCCCAAUAACCAGAGCAGUGCUGAGAAGCGCCUUGCUGUGACGGGCUGCAAUGAUGGCCCUUUCUGCAAGACCCUCACCCUCCUCAGAGUCAUAGGCAAUGACACCGGGGACUACAAGUGCCUUUAUGGAGACAGCCAGGCAGCUACAACCAUUUAUGUCUACGUUCAAGAUUAUCGAUCUCCAUUUGUGACUUCAGUUGGUGAUCAGCUUGGCAUUGUGUACAUCACUAAGAAUAAAACUGUGGUAGUACCAUGCCUUGGAACUGUGUCAAAUCUCAAUGUAUCUCUGCAUGCGAAAUAUCCAGAAAAGGUAUUUGUUCCUGAUGGUAAAUCCAUUUCGUGGGAUAAUAAAAAAGGCUUCACUAUACCCAGUCAUCUAAUCAACUACGCAGGCAUGGUCUUCUGCGAAGCUAAAAUAGAUAAUGAGAGCUACCAGUCUGUGAUAUACAUAGUCGCAGUUGUAGGUUAUCGGAUUUAUGAUCUAACAAUGAACCCACACUACCAAGUUGAGCUGGCAGUAGGAGAAAAACUAGUUCUCAAUUGUACUGUAAGGACAGAGCUGAACGUGGGAAUUGAUUUUAAGUGGGACUACCCUUCCAUCAAGGAAAAGCGUGCAACCAUAAGAGAUUUAAAAACCACUGCAGGAGAAAUAAAGACGUUUGUAAGCACUCUUACCAUUGACAGUGUGAACUUAAAUGACAAAGGUCGAUACACGUGUGCAGCAUCCAGUGGUCGCAUGAACAUGAAGAACAGCAGCUACUUCAUAAUCCAUGAAAGUCCUUUUAUUCAUCUAGAGAAAAUGGAGAAUGUGGUUGAGAUGAAGUUAGGCGAUACAGUCAGUAUUCCUGUGAAGUUUAAAGGAUAUCCUUCUCCUGAGGCAAAAUGGUACAAAAAUGGAAAAGUCAUGAAUGCAAAUCAUACAAUUAAGCUUGGCUACACAUUAGUAAUCACUGAAGCAACUGAGAAGGAUGCUGGGAAUUACACUGUUGUCCUUACGAACCCUACCAACAAGAUGCAGAGGAGGCAUACAUUCACCCUGCUUGUGAAUGUACCCCCCCAGAUUGGUGAGAACGCGCUGAUGGCCCCUGUUGACUCCUACAAGUAUGGCUCAACGCAGGCACUCACCUGCACCAUCUAUGCCGUCCCACCGCCUGCUGCUGUCCUGUGGUACUGGCAGCUGGAGGAAGAGUGCACCUUCAGCCCCCAAAAAGUUCGCCUGGGAGCCAGUCCAUAUGCAUGCAGAAAAUGGAAAGUGAUCUCAGAGAGAAAGGGUGGGAAUCAGGUUGAAAUCAAACAGCGAGUUGUUACUAUUGCUGGGAAAACAAAGACUGUGAGCACCCUUGUGAUUCAAGCAGCAAAUGUAUCUGCUUUGUACAGAUGUAUGGCUACUAACAGAGCUGGAUCAAGUGAAAGAGUUAUCUCCUUUCACGUGACCAGAGGUCUUGAAAUUAAUCUCCAGCCUCGGAAUCAACUGACAGAGAAGGAUAACACGUCCUUACAGUGCACAGCUGAUAAAUUCACAUUUGAGAAGCUAUCGUGGUACAAACUCAGUGCUCACACCUCACAGACACCCUUUGGAGGGCUGCCCAUGCCCGUUUGCAAGAACCUUGAUGCUCUUCAGAAGCUGAAUGCAACUAUUUCAAAUACCAACGGUGAAAAUGUCACCUUAGAACUCAUCCUCCGUAACAUCUCCCUCCAGGAUGGAGGUGACUAUGUUUGCAUUGCUCAGGACAAAAAGGCUAAAACACAGCACUGCCUGGUGAAGCACCUCACUGUUCAAGAGCCCAUGGCACCCACACUUGUGGGAAAUUUGGAAAAUCAAACAACAAACAUUGGUGAAACCAUAGAAGUGUCAUGCACAGUAAAUGGCAUUCCUCCUCCAAACAUCACAUGGUUUAAAAAUAGUGAAAUGCUUUUUGAAGAUUCAGGUAUUGUUUUGAAAGAUGGGAACAAAACACUAACAAUACGUAGAGUGAGGAAAGAAGAUGGUGGGCUGUACACCUGCCUUGCCUGCAAUGUUCUUGGAUGCAAAAAAGCAGAGGCUUUUUUUUCAGUGCAAGGCGCUGAAGAGAAAACAAAUCUGGAGCUCAUUAUCCUUGUUGGCACUGCAGUCAUUGCCAUGUUCUUCUGGUUGCUUCUUGUAAUCAUCCUUCGGACCGUUAAGCGGGCCAAUGGAGGUGACAUGAAGACUGGGUACUUGUCAAUCAUCAUGGAUCCUGAUGAAGUCCCCAUAGAUGAGCACUGCGAGCGGCUUCCAUAUGAUGCCAGCAAGUGGGAGUUUCCCAGAGACCGACUGAAACUAGGUAAACCUCUUGGGCGUGGAGCUUUUGGCCAAGUCAUAGAAGCUGAUGCCUUUGGGAUUGACAAAACUGCUACCUGCAGAACUGUGGCAGUCAAAAUGCUUAAAGAGGGUGCAACCCACAGUGAGCACAGAGCACUUAUGUCUGAGCUGAAGAUCCUCAUUCACAUUGGUCAUCAUCUCAAUGUCGUCAAUUUACUUGGAGCCUGCACAAAGCCAGGAGGUCCACUCAUGGUGAUUGUGGAAUACUGCAAGUUUGGAAACCUCUCAGCAUAUCUACGGAGCAAGAGGGGUGAAUUUGUCCCAUACAAGACUAAAAGUGCCAGGUUUCGGCAAGGUAAGGAGAACUACAUUGGAGACAUCUCCACGGACCUGAAGCAACGGUUGGACAGCAUCACGAGCAGCCAGAGCUCCGCAAGCUCCGGGUUUGUGGAAGAGCGGUCCCUGAGCGAUGUGGAAGAGGAGGAUGCUGGUUCUGAAGACCUUUGCAAGAACCCUUUGACCAUGGAGGACCUCAUCUGUUAUAGCUUCCAGGUGGCGAGAGGAAUGGAGUUCUUGGCUUCACGCAAAUGCAUCCACAGGGACCUGGCUGCUCGUAAUAUCCUCUUGUCAGACAAUAACGUGGUCAAAAUCUGUGAUUUUGGCUUGGCUCGAGACAUCUACAAAGACCCAGAUUACGUCAGAAAAGGAGAUGCUAGGCUACCACUAAAAUGGAUGGCACCAGAAACCAUUUUUGACAGAGUAUAUACCAUUCAGAGUGAUGUAUGGUCAUUUGGAGUUCUGCUGUGGGAAAUAUUUUCAUUAGGUGCAUCACCAUACCCUGGAGUGAAAAUUGAUGAGGAAUUUUGCAGAAGACUGAAGGAAGGAACAAGAAUGAGAGCACCAGACUAUACAACACCUGAAAUGUACCAAACUAUGUUGGAUUGCUGGCACGGAGAUCCUAAGCAGAGACCAACUUUUUCAGAGCUGGUGGAGCACUUGGGGAAUUUACUGCAAGCCAACGUCCGUCAGGAUGGUAAAGACUACGUUGUCCUUCCUUUGUCAGUAUCGCUGAAUAUGGAAGAGGAUUCGGGCCUCUCUCUCCCAACUUCACCUGCUUCCUGUAAGGAGGAAGAGGAAGUCUGUGAUCCUAAAUUCCACUAUGACAACACAGCAGGAAUUAGUCAGUACCGACAAGGUAGCAAAAGAAAAAGCCGACCUGUGAGUGUGAAAACUUUUGAAGAUAUCCCAUUGGUAACCACUGUAAAAGUUGUUCAGGAGGAAAACCAGACAGACAGUGGGAUGGUUCUUGCAUCUGAAGAGCUGAAGACACUGGAAGAGCAAGAUAAACAAGUCAAAAUACCCUUCAGCACACUAGCCCCCAGCAAGAGCAAUGAGUCCGUCAUGUCCGAGGCAUCCAACCAGACAAGUGGCUACCAGUCGGGGUACCACUCAGACGACAUGGACACCAUGGUCUGUUCCAGUGAGGACACUGAACUUUUGUGUGCCCAGGAGGCCUCCCCCGUGUUGCCUCGUGCGCACGGCCUGGCAUAUGACAGCCCUGCACCUAUGGCGUCCCCACCACUCUAAGCCAAAACCGGUGGCUCCAGAUCCCCUGGGAUGUGCCUUCCUUGCCUUGGCUGGUGGUAUUCACAUUUGGUGUGUACAGAGACUGCGGCCGUGGGCCUAGGGAAAGACAUUUAUUUUUUCAGGAAGAGGAUACAGAAGCAUCUUGCAGCCCAAAGGCAGUGCCAGGCUGUGGGGUGCUAUCCUCCAGAGACACUUGUGGCUGAGGACACGAAGCUGUGGUUGUGGUGUGUGGGUGCAGUGCCAACUCUAUGGCAGAAGCAGCGUGAUGGCUUUUAGGACCUUGGUGACAGGCUGAGCCCAACACAGACAGUGGCAUGGCGUUCAGCUCAACUGUUUGUAAUUGUACGAAAUAAAGACACAGCCUUGCUCUCUUGUUUUUCCCGGCUGGACUCCAGGAAGGAAACAGCACAGCGCUGGCUUCUUGUUUCUCAGAGUUAUCCCGUGCCUGCACCUCCGCAAACAAAAAAGGGAACCUCCAUCUCAAGGCUGUGACACUCACCAAUAGCCUAAGGCUAAACAUAGGCUGGGCUAAAUAUAGGUGGGGGAGGUGAUCUCUAUCCUUUGUGGAGAAAGAUGUUGCUGUACUAAACCUCGUGAUCUCCAUUUCCUUGGUGAAGAUGUACUUGUUGAGAUUAAUGAGGAGGAGCAGUGUGAUGAUGGAACACGGGUGCAUGGGGCACAUCUACCAUGGUGAUGUCUCUGCCCACACCCUCCCCAGCACCCUCAGCCCUUGCCAGGCACCUGAUCUAGUGAGCUAGUCAGGAGUGCUGCAGAAAAUUCCCCUCUAAACUGCCCCUGGGGCAGAGGUAGAGAGGGAGGGUUAAUUUACAUUGGGACCAUAGACAGCCCUGUGGUCUUGAUGGGUUAUCCAAAAGGCACUCUGCCUUCUCUUCUCAUCCCUCUUCCCCAGGUGUAAGUCACAUCUGUCAUUGACAAACUAAAAGUUUGUUUACACCAGCAGAGAUUGUGAUUUAUGUAGUCUUGGGAAUUUGUGACUGGUUUCAUGGCAGCUCCAAUCUUCUCCAAAUGGUGAGAUUGUAGAUGUUGGACAACUUCUUACUGUGCUCUUGUAGUCCCAGAGCUCUACUGGUAGACACAAUGCAGACUUUUAAAAUGUAAAGCUAUUUCUACUGAGUUCUUUUUUGUAUUUUUGUACUGUUGGGUUGUUUUGUUUGUUUGUUCUUACUAUUAAGUCAGAUGCUGGGAACCAUGAAUAUAAGGCAUAUACAGUAUUUAUAGCCUCCUUAUGUAGAAAUAAAUGUAAUAUAUUAAAAUAUAAAUAUAUAUAUUAUAUAAUGGAUAUUGUACUAUUCACAUUUUAUAUCAGUGUUCUGUAGCCUUAUGAGGGUCACAACAUUUUUAAUAGAUAAAACUUUUCAUUUUAUUAUAAGAGACUGGAAACUUAGAGGGGAGGGGUUAUAAGGUAAAUCUUUCCUGUAUUUACUUAUAUCCUAUCUACUGACAGGGAAACUUAUCAAGUGCUAGUUAUUGUAAGUGCCACUUAACAAAUCUACAUAUUUCUACCAUUGUACAGGUCCAUGAGCAUUUCUGAGGGUAUCUAUAGUAAAGAAACUUCAGUAAUUUUUAAUGGUUGGAAGUAAUUGCAUUUAAAGAACGGCUCAUAGAAGACUGCUUACACAGCCUGAAUCUUCUCUGAGUUUAUAGAGCUCAGUUAGGGAGUGGUUAAUCUAAUUGUAUUGUGGCUUUUGCCUGAGGAGUAGCAGUUUUCCUUAAAGCCUUAUUUUUUUUCCCCACUUGUCUUUCUUCCAUCUCACUUACAUUACAGCUGAAAUGUUGGCCCUUGCUCUUAUGUAAACAUGCAUCAUUUUAUUUUGAUUCCAUACUUAAACCUGCCAUCUUUUCACUCUGUUUUCUACUUUCUGACUUUCUCUUCUGUUCUGUGCACACCUGCAUUCUCAGUUUGACCUCUGUUAAAGUACUAGUUCUCCAAGAAUCAUAACAGUUUAUGUUAACAAAUGUGCAAGAGAAAUUAACCCACAGCAUCAGACUUGAACUCUCCAUCUCUUUAUUGCAGUUUGGAAUACGAUCUUUGUAAACUACAUAAUGAGAUCACUUGCCCAGCAAGUGGGAGAUAUCACCAGUAAACUCUACCAGAGCUGAAUCCAGGGCAAAUAUCUUCUUUGUACUAGAUGAAUUCCCCAACUACAUAGUUGUGGGCAUCCAGAUUCAGGUGUUUCUCCAUUACUCUCCUUGAAGCUAAAGCAUUUUACAGCUGAGAAAACAAAAGCUGGGAGAUCAGACAGUAAAAUAAGUGAGAUGCUUCUCAGUUUUGCUGUGAGGGCUCCCAGGAAGGAUGUAAGUUUUCGUGUAUGUAUUUGACAUUUGUUUUCAUUGCCAGGCAAUAUUCUGGCCAGUAGACUACACUUGAUAGGAAAUGUUGCAUUCCUCAACAUCCUCUCUCUCUCCCCCCAGUAUUCUUCAACAUUGUUUCUUCUGUCUGUUAUUAUACGCUGAUAUAACUACAUGAAGGAAAUUCCUGGCACAGGAACAAAAAUGGAGACAGUCAUCAAUAUUCAUCUGCUCUAGAUCUGAAGCCUCCCCGAAGUUUGAAAUGUUCAGCUUAGAUGUUUAAAUUUUUUAGUUUUGGUUUCUCUCCAAGAUGGUGCAACUCAUGAUAUGUGCCACAUGUACAUAAUCACAUGCUUCCCUGUGUGUUUGCAGUACCUGUAAAAUGUAUCCACCGUAAUGCAGACUGAUGAAGUUGCAAUAGAGCCAUUACGCUUAAUGAGCUUUCAUUUACAGUGCCUGGGAAAUCUGGGAACAGGCACACACCUGGUUUAGAAGAGGAAAUUAGCUUAAAUUUAAAAAAAAAUAAUAAUAAAAAAAUCAUAUAUAUAGCUUCAAGAGCAAGCAGAGCUUCUAUAAAUACAUUUGUGUAUUUGGCACCCUGUUCCACAAUUCUUUUCUUAGACCAUGGCUUUUAUAUCCUUGAAAACACCUGGACUUUUUGUUGUAUUCUGAAUGCAGCAUGUUCAGCUAAACUCCAGUCAGGCUAUAUCUCCUGGUGGAUGUUUUACAUUCCAAAAUGGCUAUUUUCUAUGAAGCAGCAGACGCAGUGCAAAUCUGCAAAUGCUUCACAAACAUAUUCUUGGCUUUGUCUCCAUUCUGCAGCUAUGCAGCAUGGUUCAGUAUUAUCCUUACUCAUGAAAUGCAUGGGAGAUUCCAUGGAUUUGAACCCUGUAAGUUGCAAACUAAAGAGACAUUUGUGAGAUUAGGGAUAAACAUACUGGUAUAAGCAGCUAAGUAGGAGUGAGGAAAAGCUUUGAUGGGGUUGACUCCUCCUUUUCAGAAGAACUACUAGAACAAAGUGGAAUUGCUGCUGCGUUUGAAUGUGGAAAAUCAAGCAGAGUAACACCUGAAAUGGAAGUUUUGGAGUUUGGAGAUGGCUCUGUGUUAGGUCUCAUCAGCAGAAACACG